CACUCCUUUCAUUCCAUCCUACAGGCUACAUAUCUCUGAACGGCUCUCCGCGAAAAAGACUAUCUUUUUCAUAUUCUCUGCAUUCCCCACAUACAUAUUUCUAUAUACACCAAUUUGCAAAGCCUCAUUCCUGGAUUUUCAAGCUUCAUCAACACUUAAGGGAAAGAUCAGAUCUAAGGAAAGAGAUGUCUUUUACUGGAACCCAACAGAAGUGCAAGGUCUGUGAGAAAACUGUUUAUCCAAUGGAGCUUUUGUCUGCUGAUGGAGUUGAUUUUCACAAAUCUUGCUUUAGGUGCACUCACUGCAAAGGCACCCUUAAGCUGGGCAACUACUCGUCAAUGGAAGGUGUUCUGUACUGUAAGCCUCACUUUGAACAACUCUUCAAGGAGUCAGGGAAUUACAACAAAAACUUUCAGUCACCUGCAAAAUCAGCGGAUAAGUUAACUCCAGAGCUGACAAGGUCACCUAGCAAAGCUGCCGGAAUGUUUUCGGGUACACAAGAAAAAUGUGCAACUUGUGGUAAAACAGCAUAUCCACUAGAGAAGGUAACUGUAGAAAACCAAUCUUAUCAUAAGACAUGCUUCAAGUGCUCUCAUGGUGGAUGCUCCAUCACUCCGUCAACUUAUGCAGCCCUUGAAGGCAUUCUGUAUUGUAAACAUCAUUUUUCCCAGCUGUUCAAGGAGAAAGGCAGCUACAACCAUCUGCUCAAGUCUGCGUCAAUUAAGCGCCCUGUAGCCUCUGUUCCUGAAGCUUGAAGCUUCGCACUCCACUAACCUUUCUUCCACAGCCAUGUGUACUUGCAACAUGCGUUCUUCGAGUGUCUUUUCCUCUGGAGACCUUUUUAUCAUUAAAUCGAAAUAUUUGUUCAUUGAGGAAACUUGUUUGUCAUGUUUUAUAUGGGAUAACACAAUCCCAAAAGUGUGAAAUGACUCCAUUUGGACUUGUGUGCUUGUUUUGUUUGUAGCAGUCAUUGUCAGUCAUUACACUGGUUUUAUCUUGCUUGGACU